UCCUUCAAACGUCCACAUUCACAUCUGCACGCACGCACACACAACACUCCCUUGGUUCUGCUCUUUUCGUCAGCAUGAGUUAUCCACUGGUGAUUCUGCUCUGUGUGGGACUAUUGCACUUUACUACACUGUCUGCGAGGGCCGUCAUCAUGGAUAAAUUAGCAGACAGCAAGAUUUGCGGAGAUGCAGAAUGCUCCUAUGUUCUGUCCAUGGCCACAGCCUUGGAUGACUUCAUAGCUCCUGACUGCAGAUUCAUCAACAUCAAGAAGGGUCAGGUGGUUUAUGUGUAUUCUAAACUGAUACCAGAUGAGGGCGCCGGAGUCUUCUGGUCUGGAAGUGUUUACAGCGAGCGGUAUGUGGACCAGAUGGGCAUCAUUGGAUACUUCCCUGCAACUAUGGUGAAGGAGACGUACAAGUUUACAGAGGACGCAGUUAAGAUUCCCACAACUGGCAUGGACUUCUACUGUGAUUAAGGCAUGACAGACUGAAGCCUCUUUCCCCUCAAGUGUUGCGUUUAGCAGCUCUGGCUUUUCUAAAGGAGAAUAGACAGUUCCUCUCCUGAUCCGGGGUGCCAAACUAUGUUCCAUUACAUCCUGUGGUGUUGUCUCCAGCUGGACACUCUCAGCCCCUCUUAGUCCACAGUCUGACACCCCUGUUCUUGAGUGAGCUAAUCCUAUCUGUCUUGCUUUGUCUUAACAGAAAACUUUGCCCAAUAAACCUUUUUUUCA